AUGAGCCAGCAAUGGAUGUACGAUGACCGAUGCUCUCCCGAGUUCAUUAAUGGCGUGCGUACUUUUCUGCUUGCGGCUGAGGCAAACAAGUGGGCGGAUGGUUUUAUGCCUUGUCUAUGUGCUGGCUAUAAGAAUGGUCACAAUUACUCUACGUCAAGAACCAUUCACGUCCACCUGUUUGAGUCCGGUUUCAUGCCCCACUAUAAUGUUUGGACCAAGCAUGGAGAAAGAGGGGUUAUGAUGGAAGACAAUGAAGAAGAAGAGGACGACGACAGCUAUCCUGGCCAUGGGUUCUAUCGUGACACCUCCCCUGCUGAAGCUGAAGAAGAGGCAUCGGAUGAGCCCGUUGAUGAUCUAGGUCGGGCCAUUGCCGAUGCAAAGAGAAACUGUGCAAGUGAUUUGGAGAAGAAGAAGUUGCAGCGCAUGUUAGAGGAUCACAAAAAAUUGUUGUACCCGAAUUGCGUAGGUGACAAGAAAAAGCUAGGCACCACACUAGAAUUGCUACAAUGGAAGGCAGAGAAUGGUGUAUCUGACAAGGGAUUUGGAAAGUUGCUGGUAAUGAUAAAGAAUAUGCUUCCAAAGGACAACGAAUUGCCCGAGAGUACGUACGAAGCAAUGAAGGCUGUCUGCCCUCUAGGGUUAGAGGUGCAGAAGAUACAUGCAUGCCCUAAUGAUUGCAUCCUCUACCGCGGUGAGUACGAGGAUUUGAACGCUUGCCCAGUAUGCGGUGCAUUGCGCUAUAAGAUCAGCCGCGAUGACCCUGGUGAUGUCGAGGGCGAGCGCCCUAGGAAGAAGAUUCCUGCCAAGGUGAUGUGGUAUGCUCCUAUAAUACCACGGUUGAAAUGUUUGUUCCAAAACAAAGAGCAUGCCAAAGUGAUGCGAUGGCACAAAGAAGAUCGUAAGAAAGAUGGAAAGUUGAGAGUACCCGCUGACGGGUCGCAGUGGAGAAAAAUCAAAAUAAAGUACGGGAAGGAGUUUGCAGAUGACGCAAGGAACAAGAAUGUGUACCUGGGACAUCGUCAAUUUCUUCCGAGCAGGCAUCCCGUAAGAAAGAAAGGCAAGCAUUUCAAAGGUGAGGCGGAUCACCGGACGAAGCCUCGCCACCGUACUGGUGCUGAUGUACAUGAUAUGGUCAAGGAUUUGAAGGUGGUCUUUGGAAAGGGUGCUGGUGGACAACCUGUUCCAAAUGACGCUGACGGACGCGCACCCAUGUGGAAGAAGAAAUCUAUAUUUUGGGACCUGCCCUAUUGGAAAGACCUAGAGGUCCGCUCCGCAAUCGACGUGAUGCACGCGACGAAGAAUCUUUGUGUGACCCUGCUUGGCUUCUUGGGCGUGUAUGGGAAGACAAAAGAUACACCUGAGGCACGGGAGGACCAGCAACAUAUGCACAGAAAAGACGGCAUACAUCAGGGUCAUGCAAGCUACGCUCUUACCAAAGAAGAGAAGGAAAUCUUCUUUGAAUGCCUGCUCAGUAUUAAGGCUGAAACAAUCGGGAUCACUGUUGGACAACUCCUCGAUAUCGAGCCCAUGUCUCCAACUAGAGAGGAGGAAAUAAAACGGAAAUAUGUCCGGGGCCAACCUUUGGUCGAGCCAGACGAGGUCAAUAAGCUCCCAACGAGAAUGUAUGAAUUGCAUCAAUGGUACAUGGACAUUACCAAGAUUUCCAAUCGAGAGUCCCUCAUGGUGAAUGUCAAGAAGGAUCAUUACUACCAUGAGAAAGCUGUGACCGUUGAGUAUUCAGAACUAUUUCAGCUAUACAAUCAAGACGCACUCGACAAAUCUAUCGUUAGUUGC